AUGUGUGCUGCUCGUCCAUUUUUCAAUCAGCCACCGCGCAAAAUGCGUUCGUCGUCUUGGACGGACGCGUCGCCUGCAGAAUUUCCUCCAUUGGGAAGUGGAAACUAUAAUAUCGCUCAUGGUUUAUUAUCAUUCCACAAAGGAUCUGCAUUUUUACCGGCAUUCGUUAUAGAAGGAUGUCAUGCUCAAUUGGAUGAGACUGGCUUCGAAUUUGUACAGGCAUGUAUAGCGUUUCUGGAGGAACGAGGAAUCCGUGAGCAGGGUCUUUACCGUAACUGUGGCGUAACGUCAAAAGUCCAAAAAUUGAUGCAACUCGGUUUGGAUAAACGAAAAUCGAAUGGUGACAAGUUGAAUUUCAAUGAUGACGAGUGGGAGAUAAAAACAAUCAGCAGUGCAGUGAAAACCUUUUUGAGGAACCUGCCAGAACCGUUGAUGACGUUUGAGCAGCAUAAUCUGUUCAUCAAUGCGGCUAAAAUGGACGAUCGACGUACACGAGUUGACCAUAUCCACUAUUAUGUCCAUAAAUUACCACCAUCUCAUAAAUCAAUGUUGGAAAUAGUAAUUCGGCAUUUGAAGAGAGUGGCCGAUCGUUGUAGCGAGAAUCUUAUGACAGUAGGUAAUUUGGGUGUGUGCUUUGGACCGACUCUUUUACGGCCGAAAGAGGAGACUAUGGCUGCAAUUAUGGACAUUAAAUUCUGCAAUGUGGUUGUCGAAGUGCUGAUAGCACAUUGUGAACAGAUAUUUGGCACCGAGCCUCCGAAAUCCAUUGGGCAACCAUGUCCGCCGAAGCCUGACCAUCGUAGUAUCCAUCAUGAGUCAAGUCAUCCAGUGAUUUCAUUAAGGUACUCCCGUACCACUCCUUGUUAA